CUGCCCUGCUCAGUGAAUGGAGAGAAGGAGAACCGUCCAGCUCGCUCGCCCACCCCGUGCCCCCGCUGCUCCUGCCGCCACCACCACCCACCGCGCUCCGCACAGCCUGCCGGAGCCAACCCUCACCCCCGCCCCAGCUUCAGCGCCAGGACCCCAGCUAGCUACCCGCCUUCCCACCUGGGCAGGUUGGGCGAUGCGGAGCGGGGCAGCCCGAGCCCCGUGGAUGGAGCCCCCGCCACCCAGUGCGCCCCUCUCCACCAGCGUCCCGUGCGCCUGAGCUCAGGACCGUCCCCGCUCCCCGGCACCCCCUCCUCCGAGCCGCCGAGGGCCCCCUGCCCCGCCCCCUCAGGCAGGAGCGCCGGUUCUCCAGCGCCUCGACUCCCUCCCUUUCCCCUCCCCCGCCCGAGGCCGCCCCCGGCUGCGCUGCGCCCAGCUGCCGGCUCUCUGCUUCGCCGCAGCCUUCCCCGCUGCAGCCGCCACUCCAGCGGCUGCUGUCGGCUGCAUUCCGGCCGGCGGGACAGUCUCCGCCGGGCCCCGGGUGCUGGGCUGUGCUGCGGGCACGAGCGCGGCCAGCCUGGGCCCCCGGACAGCAUGGCCCCCAGUCGGACCGAAGCCGGCUCCGCGCACCUCUGGCGGGCGCUGGCUCUGGUGCUCUUACUGGUAAGCGCCCUGAGCUGCCCCCCAGCCUCAGCCUGCCCCACCAAGUGUACCUGUUCGGCCUCUAGCGUGGACUGCCACGGGCUGGGCCUCCGGGCGGUGCCCAGAGGGAUCCCUCGCAACGCUGAACGCCUUGACCUGGACAGAAAUAAUAUCACCAGAAUCACCAAGACGGACUUUGCAGGGCUCAAAAAUCUCCGAGUCUUGCAUCUUGAAGAAAACCAGGUCAGUGUGAUAGAGCGAGGGGCCUUCCAAGAUCUGAAGCAGUUGGAACGCUUGCGUUUGAACAAGAAUAAACUACAAGUCCUUCCAGAAUUGCUUUUCCAGAACACCCUGAAGUUAACCAGAUUAGAUCUGAGCGAGAACCAGAUUCAGGGAAUCCCGAGGAAGGCUUUCCGAGGCAUCACUGAUGUGAAGAACCUGCAACUGGACAAUAACCGUAUCAGCUGCAUCGAAGAUGGAGCCUUCAGAGCCCUGCGUGAUUUGGAGAUCCUAACUCUCAACAACAAUAACAUCAGCCGUAUCCCAGUCACCAGCUUCAAUCACAUGCCGAAGAUCCGCACCCUGCGACUCCACUCCAAUCACCUGUACUGUGACUGCAGCCUGGCCUGGCUCUCUGAUUGGCUACGGCAGAGGCGAUCCAUUGGCCAGUUCACCCUUUGCAUGGCUCCCGUGCACCUGAGGGGCUUCAGUGUAGCUGAUGUUCAGAAGAAAGACUAUGUGUGCACAGGUGCCCACUCAGAGCCUCCAUCCUGCAGUGUCAAUUCGAUAUCCUGCCCAUCUGCAUGUACCUGUAGCAACAAUAUUGUGGAUUGUCGAGGAAAAGGCUUGACAGAAAUCCCAGCCAACUUGCCAGAGGGCAUCGUGGAAAUACGCCUGGAACAGAACUCUAUCAGAGCCGUCCCUGCAGGAGCCUUCACCCAAUAUAAGAAGCUAAAAAGGAUAGACAUCAGCAAGAAUCAGAUCUCAGACAUUGCACCAGAUGCGUUCCAGGGCUUAAAAUCCCUCACCUCGCUAGUUCUCUAUGGAAACAAGAUCACCGAGAUUGCCAAGGGCUUAUUUGAUGGACUGGUGUCCCUGCAGUUGCUGCUUCUCAACGCCAACAAGAUCAACUGUCUGCGGGUAAACACAUUCCAAGAUCUGCAUAACCUCCACCUGCUCUCCCUGUAUGACAAUAAACUGCAAACCAUCAGCAAAGGUCUCUUUGCUCCUCUUCAGUCCAUCCAGACACUACAUCUAGCCCAAAACCCAUUUGUGUGCGACUGCCACUUGAAGUGGCUGGCUGACUACCUCCAGGAUAACCCGAUCGAGACGAGCGGGGCCCGCUGCAGUGGCCCGAGGCGCCUCGCCAACAAGCGGAUCAGCCAAAUCAAGAGCAAGAAGUUCCGCUGCUCAGGUUCUGAGGACUAUCGGAACAAAUUCAGUGGAGAUUGCUUCAUGGACCUGGUGUGUCCUGAGAAGUGUCGCUGUGAAGGCACCAUCGUGGACUGCUCCAACCAGAAACUGGCCCGGAUCCCCAGCCACAUCCCAGAAUAUGUGACUGACCUACGCCUAAAUGACAAUGAAAUCUCUGUCCUAGAAGCCACUGGGAUCUUCAAGAAGCUGCCCAACCUGAGGAAGAUAAACCUGAGUAACAACAAGAUCAAGGAGAUGCGAGAAGGUGUCUUUGAUGGGGCAGCCAACGUACAGGAGCUGAUGCUGACAGGGAACCAGCUGGAGUUGGUGCAUGGACGAAUGUUCCGUGGGCUCACCAGCCUCAAGACAAUGAUGCUGAGAAGCAACCUCAUCAGCUGUGUGAACAACGACACCUUUGCGGGACUGAGCUCAGUGAGGCUGCUGUCCCUCUAUGACAACAGGAUUACCACCAUCACCCCAGGAGCCUUCACCACACUCGUCUCCCUGUCAACUAUAAACCUGCUUUCCAAUCCUUUCAACUGCAACUGCCAUCUGGCAUGGCUAGGGAAGUGGCUGAGGAAGAGGAGAAUCGUCAGCGGGAAUCCUCGGUGCCAGAAGCCAUUCUUCCUCAAGGAGAUCCCCAUCCAGGAUGUAGCCAUCCAAGACUUCACCUGUGACGGUAAUGAUGAAAGUAGCUGCCAACUGGCCCCCCGCUGUCCUGAGCCGUGUACCUGUGUGGAGACUGUGGUGCGGUGCAGCAACAGAGGACUCCGGGUGCUGCCCAAAGGCAUCCCCAAGGAUGUGACUGAGCUGUACCUGGAAGGAAACCAUUUAACAACUGUACCCAAAGAGCUAUCCGCCCUCAGACACCUGACGCUGAUUGACUUAAGCAAUAACAGCAUCAGCAUCCUGGCCAAUUAUACCUUCAGCAAUAUGACUCAGCUCUCCACACUCAUCCUAAGCUACAACCAGCUGCGGUGCAUUCCAAUCCAUGCCUUUAAUGGCCUGCGGUCUCUUCGGGUGUUAACUCUUCAUGGCAAUGACAUUUCCAGUGUUCCUGAGGGCUCAUUUAAUGACCUGACCUCUCUUUCCCAUCUGGCCCUGGGUACCAACCCCCUGCACUGUGACUGCAGCCUACGCUGGCUUUCAGAGUGGGUGAAGGCAGGCUACAAGGAGCCAGGAAUUGCCCGCUGCAGCAGCCCUGAGCUCAUGGCAGACAGACUCUUGCUGACAACACCCACCCACCGCUUCCAGUGUAAAGGCCCGGUGGACAUCAGCAUUGCAGCUAAGUGUAACCCCUGCCUCUCUGGUCCAUGCAAGAACAAUGGGACAUGUAGCCCGGAUCCGAUGGAGCUGUAUCACUGUUCCUGCCCUUAUGGCUACAAGGGCCGGGAUUGCACCAUGCCCAUCAAUACGUGUAUCCAGAAUCCCUGUGAGCACGGAGGGACCUGCCACCUCAGCGAGACCAGCAGGAAUGGAUUCAGCUGUUCCUGCCCUCUGGGCUUUGAGGGAGAACGAUGCGAGAUCAACCCAGAUGACUGUGAGGACAAUGAUUGUGAGAACAACGCCACCUGUGUGGACGGAAUCAACAAUUACGUGUGUGUGUGCCCACCCAACUACACAGGAGAGUUGUGUGAUGACGUGAUUAACCACUGCAUCCCUGGGAUAAGCCUGUGCCAGCACGAGGCCAAGUGUGUCUCCCUGGACAAAGGAUUCAGGUGCGAGUGUCUGCCUGGCUAUAGCGGGAAGCUCUGUGAGACCGAUGAUGAUGACUGUGUGGCCCACAAGUGCCGUCACGGGGCCCAGUGUGUGGACGCGGUCAAUGGCUACACGUGCAUCUGCCCCCAGGGCUUCAGCGGUCUAUUCUGUGAGCACCCACCACCCAUGGUGCUGCUGCAGACCAGUCCCUGUGACCAGUACGAGUGCCAGAACGGGGCCCAGUGCAUCGUGGUGCAGCAGGAACCCACCUGCCGCUGCCUCGCCGGCUUUGCAGGGCGGAGGUGUGAGAAGCUCAUCACCGUCAACUUUGUGGGCAAGGACUCCUACGUGGAGCUGGCCUCUGCCAAGAUCCGACCCCAGGCCAACAUCUCCCUGCAGGUGGCCACCGACAAGGACAACGGCAUCCUUCUCUACAAAGGAGACAACGACCCCUUGGCACUGGAGCUCUACCAGGGGCAUGUGAGGCUGGUCUAUGACAGCCUGAGCUCUCCCCCCACCACAGUGUACAGCGUGGAGACUGUAAAUGAUGGGCAGUUUCACAGUGUGGAGCUUGUGAUGUUAAACCAGACCUUGAACCUGGUAGUGGACAAAGGAGCCCCCAAGAGUUUGGGCAAACUCCAGAAACAGCCAACAGUUGGCACCAACACUCCCCUGUACAUUGGAGGAAUACCCACCAGCACAGGCCUCUCAGCCUUGCGCCAGGGCACAGACCGAAGCCUGGGUGGCUUCCAUGGCUGUAUCCAUGACGUCCGCAUCAAUAACGAGCUCCAGGAUUUCAAGGCCCUGCCCCAACAGUCCCCAGGUGUCUUCCCUGGCUGCAAGUCAUGUACCAUCUGCAAACAUGGCAUGUGCCGCUCUGUGGAGAAGGGCAGUGUGGUCUGCGAGUGCCACCCAGGCUGGACGGGGCCAUUGUGUGACCAAGAAGCUGGAGAUUCCUGUCUUGGCCACAGGUGUGUCCAUGGAAAGUGUGUGGCUUCAGGCUCUUCAUACACAUGCAAGUGUGCUGAGGGCUACGUGGGAGCCUCUUGUGACCAGAGGAAUGAGUCAGUCAGCCCCUGCUGGGACUUCAAGUGCCACCAUGGGCAGUGCCACAUCUCUGAGAGGGGGCAGCCCUACUGCGUGUGUGAGCCCAGCUUCAGCGGGGAGCACUGUGACCAAGAGAGCCCAUGCCAGGGGCAGGUGGUUCGAGAGGUGAUCCGCCGGCAGCAGGGCUAUGCAUCAUGUGCCACCGCCUCUAAAGUGCCCGUGAUGGAAUGUCGUGGGGGCUGCGGCUCCCAAUGCUGUGCUCCUAUGCGCAGCAAGCGGCGGAAAUAUGUCUUCCAGUGCACAGACGGUUCCUCGUUUGUGGAGGAGCUGGAGAGACACGUGGAGUGUGGGUGUCACAAAUGUUCCUAAUGCCAUCUUCCCCAAGCAUCCACCACUUUGAGGAGGCAGGCACGGCCAGACAUCAGCUUGACAAAGACGUGAAACAUGGGACUUUGUUACUUUGAAUGGAGAGGAGGAAGGAGAAGAAGAAAAAGAAGAGAAAUAUUAAGUAUAUUGUAAAAUAAACAAAAAAUAGAACUUAUUUUUAUUAUGGAAAGUGACUAUUUUCAUCUUUUAUUAUAUAAAGUAUCACACCAUUUGGGUAUAUGUACCAUAUAGUGAGUUAUUUUUUCUGAGGUUUUUGUUUUGUGGUGUUGUUUUUUUAAUAGUUGUUUAAAAUUUUAAGAAAAUAACUAAUAAAAAAAUUUUAAAGGAUAAUAAAGAAAUUAUAGCCUGCCCAAGAAAUAGGGGAAAGUUUAUAUGUUUAUACAACAAUACCAUGUUAGAAGAGACUUGGGCAGUGCUGAAGCCCUAGGUGGGAACCAUGUAGGAGAACAGAAGGGAAAAAAAAUCUUUCCCUUCCUUCCUUGUUUCCUUCCUUCCUUCCUUCGAACCACCUAGAUCCCAAGAGAAACCACGCUAACAGUGAUCAGUGUCCAUGCCUUUGGCCUAGUUAUCCUCCUGAGUUUUUUCCUGCUCUCAGCCUUUCUAGACAUCGUAUUCUGACCUGGCCUCAGUCCUUUCCCUCAUCUCCUCACGUCAACUCUAGACCCCCAAGUUUAGGCAGAUCUAAGAGGCAUGGUGGCUUGAGAUCCCUCUCCUGCUGUGUGUAGAGUUGAGCUCUCCCAUACAUUCCUUGUUUCAAGCCCUAGGCCCAAUGGUUGUCAACUAACAGCCAUUUAUUAAAUGCUCCACAGUGCCAGGCACUGCACUUAGUAACCACUGGAGAUCAAAAGAUAGGACCAAGUGUGGAUCAUGGGGCCUCAGAUUAUCUCCCUGAGGAUGAGCUAAGCAUACAUUCUGUCCCAGCAUCCCCAAAGAGCUCUUUGUGCCAAUGUCCGGUGUUUCAUGUAUUGGGGAGUAGGCAGCCUACAUGGCUGCUAUGGUAUAGAAAUACCAUAGAAUUAUAAAACUUUAUAGCUCUUUUAUUCCAACCUCCUCAUUUUACAAUAGGGAAACUGAGAGCCAGAGAGGGGGCAGUAACUCACUCAUAAUCACACAGCUAGGUGGCAAAAGAACCCAGGAGCUGGGACCUAAGUCUCUAGACCCAUCAUGCUUUUCCCCUUUGCCAGCUGACAGAGCAACCAGAAAAAGCAAUGGCCUUAGACACACCCCUUUUUCUUUAACACACACACACACACACACACACACUCCUUUCCUUCACCUCACAUCUGUCUCAAAAUGUUUCUGUCAUAGGUCCAAGAAGCUACCUGGAAUGCUUAGGGAAGCAAUACCCCUGAGAUACUCAGCUAUGUCUCUAGUUUAGCUAAAUUAUCUAUGACAAACCCUCUGAGAAGGUUAACAAGAGGUGCCAGGUAAUUUUGGAGUUUAGCAAUUGGCCCAAGCCCUAGAAGAUCUUGAACCAGGCCAUCUUUAAAGGCUUUCUCUGGCUCAGUAACUAAUUCUAAUAUAAAGAAGGGGAGAGGGGGGAGAAGAUGCUUUAUAAAAAUUAUAUAAUGGUGCCACUGCUCCAUAUGAACUGGUGGGUUUUUUUUAAUUAAUGGACUGUCAUAUUCUGAUGUCAUUUUAAAAUAAAUGGUUGGGUUACAGAGGGGCCAUCACAUGCUCUGAUGAAUACUGUGA